CAAUCUGAAUAUUAAUUUUUACUUUUUAGUUACAGUAUUUUGAUCCAGAUAAAAUUACAUUUUUGUAACGCAUACCAGUCAGAAGCUCAAGUUAUUAUUGUUAGAAUUAUUUUUACUGCCGACUAUUUUUAGUACAUUUUUAAGUAAAAAAUUUUGUGCAGCAAAAAAAAUAAUUAAAUAUUAGUACAUAAUGAGUGAUUCUUCAAAUAGCUCGGAAUCCAGAACCAGGAAGAGGAUACAAGAAGCUAAGAAUAAAGCUAGACCAGAUAAUCAACCAAAACAUAACAGCAAAAGAAAAAUGGUGUUCAGCAAAUCAAUGAAACUGAGUGAUAAAUAUGCAUGGCAUGCUCUUGGUUAUGCUGACAAUUUUAAGCCUUUUACAAUAGUACAUGAUAAUGUAGAUCGCAUUGAUGUAGAAAGUGUGAGUCCCGAAGUAUUUGUGGAGAAAUAUGAAAGACCCUAUAAACCAGUUGUUAUAAGAGGACUACAAAAUAAUUGGAGAGCAUCUUAUAAAUGGACAUUAGAAAGAAUAGGAAAAAAAUACCGUAAUCAAAGAUUUAAAUGUGGUGAAGACAAUCAAGGAUACAGUGUUAAGAUGAAAAUGAAAUAUUUUGUUCAUUAUAUGAAUAAUAAUAAAGACGACAGUCCUUUGUAUAUAUUUGACAGUAGUUAUGGUGAUCAUCACCGAAGAAAAAAAUUGUUGGACGAUUAUGACAUACCCAUAUACUUUCAAGAUGACUUAUUUAAAUAUGCAGGUGAAAAAAAAAGACCUCCAUACAGAUGGUUUGUUAUGGGUCCUUCUAGAUCGGGAACUGGAAUUCACAUAGACCCAUUAGGUACCAGUGCCUGGAAUUCUUUAAUUACCGGACACAAGAGAUGGUGUUUGUUUCCUACUCAUACUCCUAAAGAACUGCUUAAAGUCACUUCAGCUGAGGGAGGUAAACAACGUGAUGAAGCUAUAACUUGGUUUAAAAUCAUCUAUCCUCGUACUCAGUUACCAACUUGGCCUAAGGAAUGCUCACCAAUAGAGAUACUUCAAGGGCCUGGUGAAACUGUUUAUGUACCCGGUGGAUGGUGGCAUGUAGUGCUUAAUUUGGAUACAACUAUUGCAGUAACUCAAAAUUUUUGUAGCCGUACAAAUUUUCCUGUAGUAUGGCACAAAACAGUUAGAGGACGACCAAAAUUAUCACGUAAGUGGUAUAAAGUGUUGAAAAACAAAGAACCUGAUUUAGCAAUAGUAGCGGACUCUGUUGACUUAAAAAACAAUACGGGUCUUGCAUCGGACAGUUCAAGUUGUUCAAGUAGUUCUAGUAGUUCUAGCAGUUCUGAUGAUGGAAAUUCUAGUGAAGAAGAUAGUGGACAAGAAUCUUUGCAUGCACAUAAAAAAAGAUGUAAAUUGUCUUCGCCGAAUUAAAUUUUAAAAAUAUUUAAGUUUCAAGGUCAAGAAACUGUAUUGCAAGAAUUUAUAUUYCAAAUAGGGUUGUUAAUUGUAAACAAAGUAUUCUAUUCCUUACAUAUUUUUUUAUUUAAUUUUAUGUUUACUAACCUUAAGUGCAGRCUAUAUAAGUUAUGAAGUACAUUAUGACUAUGAUAAUARCAAUUUUUAUAACAACAUUAAGUAUCAAUAUAAAAAAAACUGUAUUUUAAAUAAAUUAUUUUGACAAUAUUGUGAAUGUUAUUUGAUAAUCUUCAAUGAUAUACAUAUUCCUUUAAAAACUCAUUUUCUUUUUUUUUUAAAAUACAAUUUUUACAAGAAAUAUUUUUACUUUUUCUUUUUUUUUCAUAAUAAAAGAAAACUAAUUGUUGACAGGAUCAGCUAGAUACUGAUGAAGUGUCCAUUGGUAAGAGUUUUGG